AUAAAAAUGCUUCCUUUUACCUCCAAGGAAUAACCUAACCUUCUGUCAUUUUGUUUUUGUUCUCUCUCUCUCUCUUUUUCGCCAGCUGCCACCCCCACUUAUCUUCCUUGUCAGUCUAUUCUUUAAAUAAGGCUUCAGAUUUUUCUGCCUGGGUCAUACACCACUGCCUUUCUCUCUGAAUUUCUCUUCAUCAGAUGGGUCUGCUUUUCUCUGUUGAUGUUUUCGUUUUCUGGAUUAGUUGAUCUAGAUCUGCAACUUUGGUGCUGUUGCUGUAGCACAUUGUGUUGUUGACCUUGUGCAGGUUCGUUGGGUUGGGGUUGACUGGGGGGAGACUUGUACUGUGUGAAGAUGGGGACACAAGCGCUUUUUAAGAAUCAAAGAUGCAAUUUUCACUGAUAUGGGGUUUUGAUCUCGUUUUAUAAGUGUGAUUUUUAUCUUGUGUGGUAUUUGGCACGUGUCUUGUACAAGGAAAUAGAUUACAUUUACAAUGAUCCUUUCAUGGAGUGCACUCUGUUAGUCUUCGCAUUUCAAUUUCGUCUGUAGUUACUGUUCAUUUUGGAUCCCCUUCAGAACUUCGUAUUUUUAAAUUUUUUUUUGGGGUAUUUCCUUCUCUAGUUUUUCUGUAUCUCAAGAUCUGCGCUUUUAUGAAUGCUUGCUGUGCUUCUUUGUUUUGGCGAUUGAAAGAAAUGUGUAAAUGGGAUCUUAUCUGUGUUUCUAGAAACAUAAGUUUCUUGCAGAGGUUUUGUGAGUUGGGUUUUUUGAAUAACUUCAAUCUGGUGUCUAAAGAGUGUUAGAUGCAUAUUUUCAUCUGGUUUCAGAAAUGAUGUUUCAAUCUUAGGGAAACUUUCCCUAUUGUCUAAUUGAAUGAAUUAUGAAAAUUUUAAUCUUAGAUAAAUAUACAAUUUUUUCUUUUGUCAUCCACUUCGUAAGUUCACAUCUUACUACCCACACUGAUGCACAUAUGAAUCCAGAGGAAAUUAAAUAAGAAAGCAGAACUAGUUUGAACAAGUCAUUUAUUGUAUGAUAUGGAUUAGCGGGCUUUGUUUCUUGCAGGGAUUUUUGGAGAGUUUGGCCACCACAAUGGAUAUAACAAAACUUGUGAUAACCAUGGAUUUUGCCUUGAUUUUUUUGGUUAGUACUGCAAUGGUGCUUCUGUGUUCGCCAUCAGCUUAUGCUCAAGCUGCUGGGCCUCCGGUACCGAUCCCAACUCCAGCGCCAGCUCCCGCACCAGAAUACGUAAACCUCACAUAUUUGCUCAGUGUAGCUGGCCCAUUCAAAACCUUCCUUGGUUACCUCCAGUCCACCAAAGAAAUCGAAACCCUUCAAAACCAAGCCAACAACACUGAGCAAGGAAUUACCAUCUUUGUACCCAAAGAUGAAGCCUUCUCAUCUCAAAAAAAACCCUCACUGUCCACUCUUAAAGGAGAUCAGCUAAAAAAUAUCAUCCUCUUCCAUGCCUUGAGUCAGUACUACAGUCUAGCUGACUUCAAGAACCUCAGCCAAAAAAGCCCUGUGGCUACCCUUGCUGGAGGGCAAUACGCCCUAAAUUUUACCGACGACUCAGGGACUGUUCACCUUGAUUCAGGAUGGUCCAAAACAAAAAUUAUUAGUAGUGUACAUUCAACUAAUCCCGUGGCAUUGUACGAGAUCGACAAGGUCCUUCUUCCUGAAGCUAUUUUUGGCACUGAUAUCCCUCCAACACCAGCACCCGCACCGUCCCCUGACAUUACCCCAGCUGCAGAUACACCAGGUGAAUCAAAAGGAGGAAGCACGCCUUCUCCUGAAUCCUCAUCACCUUCUGCUUCUUCUUCUCACAGGAUUAUCAUCAGCUUGGGCUUGAUUCACUUGGCUAUGGCAAUUUCAGCUGUUCUAGUUUUAUUCUUGUGAGGGGAAGAGAAUGUAUUGGGGCUUUAAUUUAAUUCUGUAAGAGCAUAUAUCCAUAUUUGUUUCAAUUGCUUUGAUUUUAAACCAUUUUUUGAUCAUGUAUGUCAUUGUAACCAAGUAUGAGCAUGUUGCUUCUUCUCUUAUCUUUUUGCUAUCUUUUUUUUUAAUAUUCAAAUGGCCUUUGGCCCCCGUUUGUUUUUCAA